ACUUACACACUCGCUUCCUUCCAUCCUCAAACUUGAAACGUCCGCUUUCUUCGUCAUUUGGCAUAAGUCAAAAUUGCCAGCAUUCCUUCUUAGAUCCAAGUUCUCCUUAGCAAGUCGGGGAUUAUAACCUAUACUAUUAUUACAAACAUACAAUCUAUAAUCGAACCAUUUUUAUUUCUUUUAGUCACAUCACUAUGGACUCAAGUCAGGCACAACUGAGACAACAAAUCCAAGCACCUACUUUCACUCUCGGCUCUAACGACAAGUUCAUUCGAGAGGUUCCGCCGCCGCGCCCACCUCCACUCACCACGAUGAAUAGGAACGAUAUGUCUGCUAAGGUGGAGAGUCAGGGAGCGCCAACAGGAGUAUGGACGACGCCUACAUCUCAAGAAGCGCGACCAAGACCCGCUACUAUUCACGAAGGCUUUUCAUUUUGCGCUGGGGAAGAGUUCGGGACAAUGCCCUCAUGGGCGACACCAUCUGGCUUGACAAUUCAUACACCAAGUGAUACCAUGUCGCGACCCGUUUCGAUGCAUCAAGAUUUCUACCCCGUGACAACGAUGGACAGCAGCCCAUGGGGACCCAAACCGUGCGAAGAUCAUCUAGAAAUUCCCAAUUUCGAUAUGGAUAUGAAUAUCGGUCAGGCGUACACAACAGAUGAAGCAAUCCCGAUUAUAGAUUUGAGGUACUCUGGUCCACAAAUUGACAAUGACUCGAUGGGAUUCGAAUCAACUCCCAAUCCUCGCCGCAUGUCUGGUUCUUCAUUCACCGUAUCGACGACUGGUGGUCUUUCUGAUAUGCCUUCGUAUGAAGAUUUCUCUGCUGCGCUAUCUGAGGCGCCCUCGUUCACUUCAGAUUAUCCGCCGCCUUCGAACCGAAACUCACUCAUGUCUUCGACUCAGUUGUCUCCCGUGGCAUCUCCUCGCAUGACACCACAGACUCGUUCUGAUCUUGUCCGAACUCAGAGCCGUGGCCGCGGCGCAUCCCCUUCACCCCGACCAGGCAUGAGAUCUGCUCCGUAUAGUGUUGAUAGCAGCGCGAGGAACAAGAGGUGGUCUACUGGAUCUUAUGGCACCGCGAACCGCCGCCCAUCUCCUUUUGUCUAUCAUCAUACUCAUGAUGCUUUUGGUCCCCGAAUGUCGUCGCGACACUCUUCGCCCACGAUGCCAAACCACCCGCUCCCGUUGAACUUUGGCAACCUUCAAGCCGCACAGCAACAUCCGUUCCUUAUGUCGCACCCACCGGCUUUCCGUAACAGUAUGCUCCUUCCAACGCAGUUGCCGUCUCAAUUGCCGUCUCAGGCUUUCCAUCCCGAAGCGCAUCACCAUUUUGAAAAUCCGCCACCACUAUUAUCUCAUGGGUUGUUCAGAAUGCUGCAAAGCAAUGCGGAUCCUCAUGCGUUGCACGGCCACUACACGGAUUUAUCCGACCCACCUGAUUUAUACGCCUCCCUGCAGGAAGAGCAGGUUCCGCCACCUCCCGAGGAUAUGAAUCCUUCAGACCCGGACCUGGUCCCUCACGAACAGGAAUUGCGAUUUGAAGGUGAUUUGUAUACUCCCAGAUGGGUUCGUGGCCAUGGAAAUAAGCGAGAAGGAUGGUGUGGUAUUUGCAAGCCUGGUCGAUGGCUAGUAUUGAAGAACUCCGCUUUCUGGUACGACAAGAGUUUCACUCACGGCAUCAGCGCGGCUACUGGCAAUCCAUUCCAAGAACCUCAAGAGACUAGGCGAAUGGACGGAAACCCAGAUGUUUGGGAAGGUCUAUGUGGAAGCUGCAAUGAUUGGAUCGCAUUGGUGAGCAGCAAAAAGAAGGGGACGACAUGGUUUAGGCAUGCGUACAAGUGCCACACGCAUCCCAAAAUUAAGGACGCUCCUAAAAGGCGACGUGAAAGCAGCAACUCCAGAGCCGUCGCCGCGUCUCAAAUCACGAAACCUAAGAUUGAGCCUCAGUUACCUACUACACCUCAAUCAAAGGGUACAGCAGGCUCAUUAGCUACGACACCAACUCCCACACCAAUACCCUCAUCAAUUUCACGUGGUCAAGUCGUUCAACCAGAGCAACCUCAACCACAAAAGACAUUCCAUCCUCUUGAUGGAUUAACCAACAUGAUUUAAAGCUCAUUAUCUCACGAAAGCCACACCUUUCCAAACCGAUAUUUCCUUAUAUACACGGAAAAAUAUAUCUCAGAUGAGCAAUGAAAAAUUUCCUUGAAAUACCCUCCUGUCGGUAUGGGACGGGUUAU